AAUAAAAAUAUAUUUCAUAAAGUGAAAUUCAGAAGUAGCUGCUGACAUAGAAGUGUACUAAGGAUCAUUUCUUGAGGACAUUUUUUUAAGAUGUGGUGAAGAGCCUGUAUUUUCCCUUGUGUGGUAUAUAGUGCCUUAAAAAAAUGGGGUUUGGAGGUGACCUGAAGUAUUCUCAUGAUGCUUUAUUAAAACUGCAAGAUUGGGAGCUGCGACUGCUGGAAACGGUGAAGAAAUUUAUGGUUAUGCGAGUAAAAAGUGACAAAGAAUAUGCCUCCACUUUACAGAAUCUUUGUAAUCAAGUAGAUAAAGAGAGCACUUGUCAAUUGGAUUUUAUCAGCAAUGUGUCCAAGUCUUGGUUGCUUGUGGUACAGCAAACAGAACAGCUGAGCAAAAUAAUGAAGACACAUGCAGAAGACCUUAAUUCUGGGCCUUUGCAUAGGCUUACAAUGAUGAUCAAAGAUAAACAGCAGGUUAAGAAGAGUUUUGUAGGUGUUCAUCAACAAAUUGAAGCAGAAAUGUACAAGGUCACAAAGACAGAACUAGAGAAACUAAAAUCUAGCUAUAGACAACUAAUAAAAGAAGUAAAUUCUGCCAAAGAAAAGUAUAAAGAAGCUGUGGCGAAAGGAAAGGAGACUGAGAAAGCUAAAGAUCGGUGUGAGAAAGCCACUAUGAAGCUUCAUAUGUUGCAUAAUCAGUAUGUGUUGGCACUGAAAGGAGCACAGUUACAUCAGCAUCAGUAUUAUGACACUACACUUCCUCUGUUACUUGAUUCACUACAGAAGAUGCAAGAAGAAAUGAUUAAAGCCCUAAAAGGAAUCUUGGAUGAGUAUAGCCAGAUCACCAGUCUUGUAACAGAAGAGAUUGUGAAUAUCCAUAAAGAGAUCCAGACCUCGGUUGAACAGAUAGACCCUAACUCUGAGUAUAAUGACUUCAUAGAUACACACAGGUCAUCAGAAGUUGUUGAGGAAGAAAUAGAGUUUGAUACAUCUUUACUAGAAGAAAACGAAAACCUUCAGGCUAAUGAGAUCAUGUGGAAUAAUCUGACAGCAGAAAGUUUACAAAUCACUUUGCAUAUUAAUAACGUGGGCUUCUGAAAUCUAUGUUUUAUAGGUUAAAAAACUGUAAUAGAAGAACUGAUUCAGACACAGCAAACCCUUUUGAGCAAAGAGGAACUUGUUUUGGAGCUGGAGAAAAAAAUAGAAGAGUCCUCUAAGACUUGUGAAAAGAAGUCUGACAUUGUACUCUUACUGAGCCAAAAGCAAGCACUGGAAGAACUUAAGCAAACAGUUCAGCAAUUAAGAUGCUCUGAGGCAAAAUUUGCAGCCCAGAAAGAACUACUGGAACAAAAAGUUCAAGAAAAUGAUGGAAAAGAGCCACCACCUGUAGUGAAUUAUGAAGAAGAUGCCAGAUCAGUGACUUCUAUGGACAAGAAAGACAAAGUCUCAAGAUUUGAUACUAUACGUCAUUCCAUAGCGGGAAUUAUAAGGUCUCCAAAAUCCAUGCUGGGCUCAUCCUCGUUCUUUGAUGUAAUUUCAACCACUGAGAAACCACUGGCUGAGCAAGACUGGUAUCAUGGCGCAAUUCCAAGAAUAGAAGCCCAGGAGCUGCUAAAACAACAAGGAGACUUCUUGGUGCGAGAGAGCCACGGGAAACCUGGUGAAUAUGUCCUUUCUGUGUUUUCAGAUGGACAACGGAGACACUUUAUCAUACAAUAUGCUGAUAAUCAAUAUCGUUUUGAAGGAACUGGAUUUCCAACUAUUCCUCAGCUCAUAGAACAUCAUUACACAACAAAGCAAGUUAUUACAAAAAAAUCAGGUGUUGUUCUGCUGAAUCCUGUUGUUAAGGAUAAGAAAUGGGUUCUCAAUCAUGAGGAUGUCACAUUGGGAGAAUUACUGGGUAAAGGUAAUUUUGGUGAGGUGUAUAAGGGAAUAUUAAAAGAUAAAACUCCGGUUGCUGUAAAAACUUGUAAAGAAGAUCUUCCUCAGGAAUUGAAAAUAAAAUUUCUGUCAGAAGCCAGAAUACUCAAACAGUAUGAUCAUCCUAAUAUUGUAAAACUUAUAGGAGUUUGCACACAACGACAGCCUAUUUAUAUUGUUAUGGAACUUGUUCCAGGAGGUGAUUUCCUGUCCUUUUUGAGAAAAAAGAAGGAUGAUCUAAAAACCAAACAGUUGGUGAAAUUUUCAUUGGAUGCUGCUUCUGGUAUGGCAUAUCUCGAAUCUAAAAAUUGUAUACAUAGAGACCUGGCUGCAAGGAACUGCUUGGUAGGUGAAAGCAACAUUUUGAAAAUAAGUGAUUUUGGAAUGUCCCGGCAAGAGGAUGAUGGUGUGUACUCAUCGUCAGGCCUAAAGCAGAUUCCUAUCAAGUGGACUGCUCCAGAAGCUCUCAACUAUGGGAGAUACACGUCUGAAAGUGACGUAUGGAGCUUUGGAAUCCUUUUGUGGGAGACCUUCAGUUUAGGAGUGUGUCCGUACCCUGGAAUGACCAACCAGCAAGCACGAGAACAAGUUGAGAAAGGUUACCGAAUGUCAGCACCACAAAAAUGUCCAGAAGAAAUACAUAAAAUAAUGCAGAGGUGCUGGGACUACAAGCCAGAAAAUCGUCCAAAAUUCAGUGAGAUUCAGAAAGAGCUGUCUUCAAUCAAAAAGAAAGUGACAUAGUAAUGAGCAAGUGCCAAACUCAAUGUGUGGGACUUUUAUUUGUCCAGUGAAGUAAUUUUUUUCCCCUCAAACAUUAUGCAUUUAUACAACAUUAUUUGCAAUAUUUUUUAUGAUUACUUUGAAAUUAACUGAUUUUCUAUAUAUAUGAAUACCAUCUUGAAUGAUGUCUACACCUGCAUUAAAGACAUAUACUGCAAAAUGUUAUAUAUCCAGUCACAGUAAUUAUGUCAUUGAGGAUACACAUAAAUAGAAAAGCACAUAGUAUAGAUUUCAGGGACUGUGACUUCUAUCUGUUUUACAGCAAGUAACUGUUAGUGACAUUUUUCAGAGGUUUUCUACUCUAAGCCGUGUGCUCACUCUGCUAUCACUGUCCUAUAUGUCAAUACCAGCAGCACUCUAAUGUGGUGACUGUCAUACAUGUUGGCUUUAAAACUGAAGACAGUUUUGACAGGUAUUUCAGUUACAAACUUUAAAAUAUCAGUUUCAGAAAGAUAUUCCAAAAUCUCAAAGUGAUACUUUGUUCUAAGGGUGAAGGUCAGUUAGAUUGUGGAUGCAAAUGUGCUUACUGAACAGUGAAAUCCAGACAUUUCUUUUGUAGAAAAUUGAGUUACUUGUGCAUUUCUUACCCUACUGUAGUAACUGCUUCUGACUUUUGAUGUGGCUUACUUAGGCCAUGCCUUCUGUUUGAUCAAAGACAUCAAAAUUCGGUAAUAUAUCCUUUACAAUGACUUACAUUUGUUUAGGAAGCAAAAAAGCCAUUAUCAAGUCAAAGAAUAUGUAAAAGCAGUAGGCCAGCAGAAAGAGGUUUACUAAUGGUAGCAGCAAAUAAUAAAUAUUGAUCUUAGAGUAGUUAAAGAAUAUGAAUUGCUAGAUUUGUGUAUCAUACUGAUUUUUUUCCUGUAAUUUGUAAUAAUUCUCAGAAUGCAGCUGAAGCCUACAAAACUUUAUGCUAAGCAAAAGUUCAUUCCAUGCAUAAUGUCCAAAGGAAAAUGCUACUUCUGUAUGACAUAAGGAAAUUGUUUAAGCAAACCAAAUAAAGAAGUAUGCCUCUGGCAGGUUUAGCAAGGCACAGUAGAAAUGCUAACCUUCUAAUAUCUUUAAAUCAUUGCAGUGGAUUUCAAAAAAUUGGGGAUAGACAAGUUUCAAAUUCCUCCAGGAAUAAAAACCUUGUGUGUGUGUGUAUAAACAAAACAAAAAAACAACAGUAAAAAAAAAAAAACCAACCCUGCCAGAAGGAAUAAAAUCUUACUAGAUAGGAGAAAGAGGAAAGGCACAGCUUAUUGCUCUGCAUCCUCUUUGGGGCUGUAAUUCUUUUCUAGGGCCCAAAUAGGAAGAGGAUCAAGUUGCAGUAUCCUGGUCUAAGUUCCAGAGUUAAGGUGCUUAAAAUUUUUUGUGAGAAUUAAGUAAAUUUUUUGUUUAGAUCAAGGAAUGCCAGUUGCUGCUAAUGCAAGUAAGAAACAGGGAAUGUAAGUAACACAGCAUCUGGAAUGUUAAUUAGCCGUAUAUAUUAUUGUUACAUGGGGAUUGAGAUGUAGUGAAUUCAGUAGCUACAUUACAUUUUUAUUUCUGUUAAGGUGAGUUUUCUAUUGUUCACAAUAUUUUUGCUCUCUAAAAUGUAUUUAUAGUAGUACUGAGUGGUAAUGUUUAAGGGCUAUGUGUGACCAAAGUAUGUGUAGUAUAGAAGAGUUUGUUUGUUAUAUUGGGGUUAGUGUCCAAAUAAAACAAUGAACGGUCAUGCUGGAGCAUGUCACCUGCAGUGAGGUAGAAGUCUCAGCAUCUAAAUAUAAACAAUGCUGAGUGCUUCUUUCAUUUCUUAAGUGUGUUUGUUUUUUUUUCUUGGAGCUAAGGAAGCAUAUACAUACUCAUAAAGGUAUAAUGCUUGCAAAACUUGGUGGCAUAAAUUUAAUCUUCCUUAUAAGCAUACUGGAUAUAUUUACUUAGUUCUGUUCUUCCAAGUAGCCCAAAGAUAAUUUUCAAGAGCAAUGGGAAACAUUCUUCUUAGUUUAUAUGCUUUUAAGUAGUACACAGUUUGUGCCUUAAUUUGCUAGUAUGCUAAUGCAAAUGCAAGUGUACUAAAAUUUAAGGAAUGUUCCACAAUCAUUUGGAAAAAUCCAAGAUUAACCAACUGCAGGUCCUUAUGUAUACAUCACUAAUGGAAGAAUUAGCGUCUCCUCUGUUAGCAUUCACAGCUUCUCUAGAGAGUUAAUAUUCUUCUAUGAAAGAGAUAAGCUGAUUCUUUGCUAUAUGGCCUCUUGACAGCAAAGAAACACUGGUUUAUUUUUAUAAAGUAAUAUACCAUUUUAUUUGUCUUAAAUUAAUCGGUCACCAUCCUGACUGUCACAUAAAGAUAAAAAUUGUGCUCAUAUUUUAUUCAGAGAUAGUUAACCUUUAUAUUUCAUAUCACAUUUGUGUUUAAAUUUAAAGGCUUUUUAAAACAUGGGAUUUCUACAGCAGCAAGAAAAUUUAUUAUUGGUUUUGAAGUAGACAUCAGUUCAGUUCAAAAAUAAUAACUCUUUGGGAGAAUACUGGAAUCAGUUUAUGGUUAUAGAAUAAAUCUAAACACAGGUACAUGUCUCUUCAGUUGUUUAAACCUUUUCUUACCAUUAAUUUGGAGGUUUGUGGCAGAACUUGUUCAUCAUGUCUCACUUGCAGUUACUGCAAUUACAUAAUUUAGGAGGUGGAAUCCAUACCUAUAGAUAGUGGGUUUAAGCUUUUGUAAACUUCUCACAGAGGAGUUCAUAAACAAAUCUGUCAUACAAUCAAAUUUAGAAAGAAAAAGUGGUAAUCAAUAACCAACACUGCCAUAUCUGUUUUCUGUGGACAUUUGAUGACUUAGUCUUGCGUUAUUCAUAGGUUAGCCAGAUACUGGCUAUUUGUCUCAUGUACUGUGUUUAUCCUAGAGAAUUUACUAAAAAGUUAAGACUCUCUCUGUUGCAAGUAUAGUGUUUCAGGUAGGUUCUUUACACCAGCGCUGUCCCAGCUAGGGUGACCCUAAUGGAAUCCUGACUUUAUUAGGCUGUUAAAUGGGAGAAACUGAAUACUGUUUACAGUCAAGUAGAAAUGCCUCAGCCUAUUAAGUAACAUGGAAUUCAACAAGUUAUCUGUUAUUUCCUUCUUUUUCCAAGGAAUUGCAUUUCUUAUCUUAAGAAAGAUUGCUUUGAGAGCAAAAAAAAUGUAUUCUUUGUUUGUUUUCAAUAGAAAUUUAGCAUUAGAGUUCAGUCAUUAAUGAAAUCGUGAGGAUUCCUAAGCAUUUUAAUUUUAUGGAAAGAUAGCAAAAAGUGCCUUGUCUGAAAACAAACCUUGCUUCAGCAAAGUGUGAUCUUUUAGAGUAAGCAUCCCAGCAACACACUCUCUUUGAAACGUACAUUUUCAUUAGUUUUUAAGGAAACCAAUGAACUACUUUUCUUUUAGCAGCUACAGUUAUAUUGCAUUUCUUUUUAACAAAAAUCUGCCUUUCUGCAGAGUUUCCUGAUGUUUUCAUUGGAAGUUUAUUGGAACAUGCAUCACCAGCAGGCUGUCAGUAAGAACUGCAGUUUGUAAAGUAAGCCUGAUCUUACUGAUGAGAAACAGAACACUAUUUAAGGAAAUAGUAGGUUUUUCAGACUUAAGUACUUUUUCAUCAAUUUCUUCGACCAUCAGUUGUUCUUACUCAAAUCCUACAAGCACAUCACUGAAAUCUACUUCACAACGGUAAAACUAUAAAGCUAUUUGCUUUCUCUUAUAACUAUUAUGUUACCUUUUUUGUAUCCAUUGCAAAUAUAUUAAAAAAAAACCACUUUCCUGAGUGCACUUGGAUUUGCAACAGUUCUGUGACUGAGCAUGAGUUUGAUAUUAAAAGAAGAGUUCACUGAUUAAUUUUUUUUCCUAAAGCACAAGAGGACUUUUGGUAUUUUGGAAGCAUUCUUGCUAGGCAAGUCAGGGUAUGUGGAGGGAAGAAUACAGAGGGAAGGUCAUCCUUACUACCAAACAAGGUAUAUCUUUUUCCUUCUUAGAAUCAUUCAUUUAAUCCUUCAUUUUCAGGAAUACAGGACUUUAGUUACUAAUUAGAAAGUACAGGACAGGUACAGUAUUCCAGAAGUUCCAAACAACCAUGAGUUUUUAAGAAUGAUCUGGUAAGUUUGGAACAUCAGCUCUAUCAAAAAUGCUUUCUUCUAGUUUCCUUCUGCAGAUUUACUGUAAAAGAAGCAGUCCUUAAACAAUCAUCAAUAACAAGAAAAUUGCAUUGCCUCAGAAACCUAUUAAGGUUCUUUAAGAGUAACUUAAGAAAUAUUUUUUGUAAUCUUGUACUAGAAUCCCCACAGGAUAGCUUUUCUGAAAAAAAAAAAAUCGCAACAAAACACAAGACAAAAAACAAGCACUUAAAAAGCCGAAAGCCCCAAAUUGAAACAGAAGAGUACUUUCACUUGUCACAUUCUGAAGUCUUUCAAGUAUUGCCACAUCUUCUUUCCUGAAACUCUUAAUGUACCUGUAAUUUCCGCUCUAACAUAAUUUUCAGCCUUGCAUAUUAGUGUGUUAUAAACACCCAACUUUACUUUUAGACCACAGAAGGGAAGAUUUGGUCAUUGAAAACUACAGCAAGAUCUGCCUGGCAGCUCUUACAUUUUCCUUAAUUUCCACAUCCAGCUAUCAGAGUCAUUGUGUUCAUUAUAAUAAGCACCACACAGAACAGGAGCUGGAAGCUAGACAUUGUGUUUAAAUCAGCAGGUAGUCCCCAGAAUUUCGCAGAUUUGACACCUAGAAGCCAACUUGGACUUUGUUCUCUGUCAAAUAAGCAAAAGAAAGUUCUGUAUUUCAGCCUUACCAAUGAAACAGGAAGGUUCAGAGAUAUAUUUACUUUUUGCUUCAAGGUAAUGCUACCUCCACCAGUAACUGCAAGUUACCCUUAUGUUCCUGUUGUGUCUCUCUUUAACAUUCUAACUGGAGUGUAUGUCCAGGUGUAGAACUUGGGUGUUAACUCUGAUUUUCAGGAAGUUGUACAUUAUUAGCUGCUUUAGAACACCAUUUUAUCAGAUAUCAUCAAGGUAGGACUUAAAUAAGAAUUUUCAGAUGAUUUGGUUUGGGGUUUUUUUCUUGUGUGAUAAAGGACUAAUUAUAUUGCCAGCUACAUGCAUUGUUAUUUUGCAACUGUUUCAGAUUAUAUCUGUGAGAGAGUAGUUAAUUUAUAAAUCUUUGGUUAUGUGUGCCUUCUCUAAAUCCAAACCUGUUAGCCAUACUUACAAAAAAAUGAAUAUAUAAACCCCUCAAAUGUAAUUGACAGAGGUCAUAAAGUGAAAACUUGGAGGAGUCAUGAGCUACAUUUUCUUCCUCUAUCCUCCCAGAAUUGAAUGCUUUGUAAAUAAAACUAGCAGUAACUGGCUUUGUGUUUAUAGAUAAAUACAGUCUGUGAAGCAGUAAGAUAACAUAGGACUCACAUUGCUACAGGCAAAGAAGGUUUGCAAAAGAGUGCUCCUAACUUGCUACUAUUUGGAACUGUCACCUAGUUUUAGAACUACAAAUGUCUAUAGAUAAGUACAUAAUUUAAGUUUUGUGAGUAUGGUAAGAGAGACAGUGCAUGCUUCUCCAUUAAAGCUCAAUUUAAGGCAGUUAUGCUUUUUUAAAAGAAAAAUUGGAUAGAUCAAUGAUUCCUUCUAGAUUACCUAUUGAAACUAGACACCAGAGGUUUCUACCACUAAAGAAAGAUUCACACUACUGUCUUUAUAGCCAGUUCAGUCUUUCUCAGCAUAUAAAGAAUUCCAUAAUAGUUAAAUGCAGUAGUAAUCAAGAUCCUUUGAUGAAUGAUAUGUAAGCUACUUUAAUCUGAUCCUUUGCUUCAGUUCUUACAGAAUAUUUCUGCUCUUCAAAAAGGGCUGCAGAAAGCUUAUAGGUUUAGCUGAGCUCUCCUGCAGUGAUCUCCUUGUUGCAUCUCCCAGACAUUUCCUCAUUCUGAUGUGUUCGUGUACCACAGAUGAUGCCCUUCCACUUACUUCAAAAAAGUUACUCUUGUGACAGAAAAGUUCAAAUAUAUCCCUGCUUUUUUUUUUUGACUCAAGAAUAUUGCAGUGAUGUCAGACUCUGAUACCUGUGGCAGUGUAUUUGUAAGAAAACAGAAGUAACUGUGAAUCAAGGUGAUGCAUAUUGUUCAAAUCAUGUUUUUGAUCAUGUUACAAACUCUAUUGUGAAUUGUCCACACUGCAAAAGACAUCAGAAAAACAAAAUUCCCAACUGCCUGGUUUACAAUACAGAGCAUCCUGCUACUACUAGGGAAUAAAUAUAACCCUAAAUAUGCUCCUUGGAAAAAGAAUUAUUUUGUUGUCCAAACAGUUCCAAACACCAUCUUCAAAAUUAACAGAAGUGACUUAAUUCCAACUAAGCCUUUUCUAAACUUCCUUCUUCGUAACAGAACUUUCCAAAUAGUGUUAAUUUUCAUUAUUUUCAUCAGUUUUGCUUUUAGAAAUCUGUCUUCUGUCUACCAUAGAAUAUUUACUCAUACUGGUAAUUAUACCCCCACCACCACCAUGAAGUGCAACUUCAGAAAAUAAGCAUUGCUAAGUCAGUAAAAGUCUACAGGGAACUACUGAUCUUUCACUGGGUGUCUGAGUUGAUACGGCUUAAUGCAUUCUAAAUGUAACUGAAGUAAUGGGCACAAUUAAAACCUGUUACACAGUUUGAACAGCAGUAUUCCUUGCUCAAGGUAUCUCUGCAAUGGCAAUUUUUCUAUUUGACUUGAACUCAAACAGGAAGGUACAUUCCUUCCUCUCUAGUUUGUCAGAGAACUGCUGUGUUGAGGUAGCCAGGUCAGGCGGCUGAUAGCUAGUGUGGAUGCAGCCAGGAUGCCAUAGAGAAGCUUUGCAUGGCCUCUCUUUAUAAUAUAUCUAUGAUGAGUCACUAAUAAAUUCACUAGAGACUGGAAUUCUGCUGUAUCUCUUAAGUGCAGCUAAUUCCUUAAAUCACCUGUAGUUGUAGUGCUUUAAGCAGAAAUUGUGACUUUUUUUUCUGUGUCAUGAAAUGCAAUAUACAGUGGGAAGCUGCUGGAUUAUUUUCCUUCUGCCUCCUGCUCAGUCAUAGACAGAAUAACUAGAAGAAACAUACCAGUUUCUGCUGUUAGUUGUGUCAUUACCUGUAACUGACAAGUUGGCCUUUCCCCCCCCCCCCCGAACUUCCCCCCUAAUUUUUGCUGAAAACAUGAAAUAGGAAAAAGCUCACAAUACAGGUUCAUCACACAGGACACAAAAGGCAGGCAGUAAAGAGAAUCUUCAAGACUGAAAGCCAACAAUAAACACCUGCCUUGCCCCUUCUGUGAAAGGAGUGUGUAGUUCACAUGGUUUCACAUGUUCACAUGGUUUCCAGAGAUGAAACUUGGACUAAGAUUGGUGGGACUGCUGCUUGUUUCAGUUGCAUCUAUUACUUUUCUUUGGUAUAAUCAUAGGCAGCUGGAGACAGAGAAGAGGUGUUGGGAGUGGAAGGAACGUUGGUUGCUGACCUCCUAGCACACACAAGACUUUUGACACCAGUAACCUUGAGUAGAGCACAGAUGCCAUUUGCAAAUGUGUUUAGAUUUCUAUUUGAUUUUGUGCCAAAGUAUGCACCAGCAAGUUUGUCAGGUAAAGCACCUUUUAUACUCUUUGUUGUUUAAAAAUAAUAUAUUUGUGAAACAGAUUGAUAAAACAUAACACUGGAAAUGGGUGCUUCUUCCCAAAAGUACACCUGUAAAAAAAAGGGAAACAACUGUUGUGAGUUUAUCUGGCUUUUAAGCAAAUCUGAAAUAAUAACUAUGUAAUACAGUUGCCAGUUGUCUGUCCUUUAUAAUUUUAAAUAGAUCUGCAUUUUAGCUUUAUUUAUUUGCCAGUUUUUAUAUACUUUAAAGUUACAUUUUUGAACUCAAGCAAACUUUUAUUUUCCUGGGCUGUUAAAACAAAAUUUCAGUGUUCUUGUAAACUGCAGACGUUUUUUGAAUAGUCCUGUGUCUUCUCCUAUGGACCAGUUACCACUAAUGAGUCUGCAGCCUGCUUUUUACUGUACUCUUCCAAUAAAUGUAAAGUAUUUGUACCAUUUUUGUACCAUAUUUGUACCAGCUGUCUCAUUUUAUUUAUAUUUACUGGCUAUGUUUACUCGCUUGCUUCUGUAAUCAAGUGAAAGAUGAACUCUAGAAACAUUGCUCCUGGGAAUAGCUACAACUCUUAAUACUGUAUUUCACCAAAAAAAAAUUAAAUUUUUUCUUUUCCGA